CCUCUGUCUUUGCUUCAGGGCUUUGCACAGGAAAUCUAUUGCUGUGUCAAGUCCCAGAAGUUUCUUCUCUUCCAAGUUACUAGUGAGACUAAAGCAUGCCGAGUGGAAGGAGAGGACAGAGAGGACAGGACUGCUCCCUGCUGAUGGGUUAAGAGGUGCGCUACUACGCAGAAGCCAACCGGAGAGCAGAGGGAUCCUGGUCAUGGUCACUGCUGCUCUCCUACCUGUGAGGAGUAAAAGUACUGAGUGAGCGGCGGAAAACCAGAAAACCGAAAUGUUCUGCUUUUGGAGAACUUCUGACCUAGCAGUGCUCUUGAUAUGGGGGGUCUUUGCGGCUGAGUCAAAUUGUACUGAUAAGAAUCAAACAACACAGAACAACAGUUCAUCAUCUAUGACACAAGUUACCACUACAGUGUCUGUACAGAUGGGUACAAAGGCUCUGCUCUGCUGCCCUUCUGUUUCACUGACAAAAGCAGUAUUAAUAACAUGGAUAAUAACCUCCAGAGGAUGGCCUUCCUGCAUAAUAGCCUACAGAGUAGAAACAAGGGAGACCAAUGAAACCACCUGUAGGAACAGGAGCAUCACCUGGGCCUCCACACCUGACCACAGUCCUAACCUUCAGAUCAAUACAGUGGCCCUCCAGCAUGAGGGGCAUUACUCAUGUGAGACAGUAUCCCCUGAAGGGAAUUUCCUAACAGUCCAUGACCUCCAAGUGCUGGUCCCUCCUGAAGUAAGCUACUUUCCAGGGAAAAAUAGAACUACAGUUUGUGAGGCAAUUGCAGGCAAGCCUGCUGCACAGAUCUCUUGGAAUCCAGAUGGGGAUUGUGUCACUAAGAAUGAAUCACACAGCAAUGGCACUGUGACUGUCAGGAGCACAUGCCACUGGGAGCAGAACAAUGUAUUUGCUGUGUCCUGCUUUGUCUCUCAUUCAACCGGUAACCAGACUCUGUUCAUACAACUGAGUAGAGGUGGUGACCAAUCAUUACGAUAUAUUCUGUACAUCAUCCCACCUGUUAUUAUUUUGAUCAUCAUAGGAUGCAUUUGGCUUUUGAAAAGCAGUGGCUUCAGAAAAUGUAAAUUGCCAAAAUCGGAAGCUACUCCAGCUAUUGAGGAGGAUGAAAUGCAGCCUUAUGCUAGCUACACAGAGAAGAGCAAUCCACUCUAUGAUACUGUGACCAAGGUGGAGGCAUUUCCAGUGCCACAAGGGGAAGCCAAUGGUACAGACUGGCUUACUUUGUCAGCCAUUGGAAUCUAGAGCCAAGAAAAAGAAGUCAAGAGACAUCAUAAUUACUGCUUUGCUUUCUUUAAAAUUCUACAAUGGAAAGACUACUUGGAAAUUAGCUCUUCCAAAGCUCUUAGAAAGCACGAAUGUUCUAGUGGAUUUGCAUUUAAGUUCUUCUGUCAUUGGAAGUUUGGAAUCUUUGCUGCUACCUGUUAAUUCUAGGAAGAACUGAUUUAAUUAUUACAAAGAAAGCACAUAGUUAUGGUAAAAUAUUAAAUUGUGCAAUACAGUAUGAUGAAAACUGAGUUUCUUCAAGAAAUAACUGCAGAAGGAACAAAAAGAUUCAUCACUAAACAAUUUCAUGUGAGUUCUUCCAAAAUAAUUCCUGUGCAUACGACAUGACUGUGGUAUAUGUGUGCAAUUAUAUGUUUAUCUACAAAUGUGUACAUAUGCACACAUCUGCUUGUCAAGACAUCUCCUUGUCAAAAACACACUCGAGUUUGGGAUUUAUAAAAGCUAAUAAAGUUAGUAUUGGAUAUAUUUUUAUAUCAGCAUAAAUAAAACUACCUCAAUCUUUUUAAUGGCUACAUAGAAUUCCCCUGUAUGAUUACAUUGUAAUUAAUCAUGGCCCUUGGAUGGGCAUUCAGAUUUGUGUUAUGUGUGGUAUUAAACAAUACUAUAUGGAAUGUUUCUUGUGGUGAAUCUUUGCAUUGAGUGCACUUCCAUUUUUCAAUUUUAAUUGACCAGUUGGGUGAUAUGUCUUAAGGUUAUGAUAUUAACUCUAUUAUUUAAUAGAAUUAGAUUCACAUCUUUGUUAUAUCUAUGAGAGAGAGAGAGAGAGAGAGAGAGAGAGAGAGAGAGAGAGAAAGCAUUUGUAAUGACAGUAUUUUCAACUCCUCAUAUUGCUACAAAAGUGCUGAAAUCUCAUGCACAACAGUUUUAUGGAUGUUAUGAAUUGUGUACUUUUAACAUCCUAUUCUGAUGUACUUAUCAAAGAGUAACUGUCUUUGAACUAUAUAUGUAGGUGGGAGAACUUGCAGUACUUUACAUGCUAAAAGGAUGAUAGUGGGAUGAUAUAACAUUUCCCUCCAUUUUUCUUUGGAGGAAAAUGUUGGGAAUAAAUAUAUUGAUAAUUUUUGGUGUAUGUUUUUAAUCAUUAAAAAUAAGCCUGUUCCCUGUAUAUCAGGAAAAGUAUUAAAAAUGGUUUUUGACUUA